UACCGCUGCAUUCCAUUAUAACACUAUAGACUCUCCAGCAUUUGCAUAGUUUCUCCAGAGCUAUUGAAGUGAAAAUGGCUGACCUUGUCUUGGGUCCUAUUAUUGAUGCCACCAUAUCCAAGGUGAUUGCAGCCGCUACUCAACAAAUCCACCUUGCAGUCAGUUGGAAGGCAGAGCUCAAAAGGCUUUGCAGCAAGUUGAAAAUGAUCCAUGCUGUGUUGCAAGAAGCAGAAAGCAAGCAAGUUGAAGUUCCAGCUGUGAAGCUUUGGCUUGAGAAGCUCAGAGACGUGGCUCGGGAUGCUGAGGAUGUUUUGGACGAGGUUGUUUAUGAAAGACUGAAACAGGAGGUACAGAUUCAGAAGCAAAUGAAGAAGAAGGUCUGUCUCUUUUUUACAUUUUCCAAUCCUUUCAUAUUUCGUCUCAAGAUGGCUAAUAAGAUUAAGAAUCUUAUUGCUUCUAUAGUUGAGAUUAAUGAAGAGGCUACUCAAUUUGGACUUCAGUCUAGACUUGCCAGCCAUGAACCUAGAAGCAACCCUCAAACAGCAUACUCCUCUCUUGGCUAUUGUCCUAGAGUCAUAGGAAGAGAGGAUGAUGUGUCAAAAAUAGUUGACUUGUUGGUUGACUCAAGUAAUAAGGAGCCCCUUUCUGUCAUAUCUGUAGUGGGUAUGGGGGGUCUGGGAAAAACUACCUUAGUAAAAUCAGUGCAAAAUCAUGAGAAAAUAGUGAGGAAUUUUGGUAGAAUAAUGUUCAUUUGUGUGUCUGAAGAUUUUGAUGUCAAAAGAGUCCUAAAAAUGAUGUUAGAGUCUCUUACUAAAGAGGGUUGUUCAAUUGAAAACCAGGCUACUCUAGUGGAAAAAAUACAAGAUUUGCUGAAAAAUGAAAACUAUCUACUCAUCUUAGAUGAUGUGUGGAAUGAGGAUAAAUUGAAGUGGGAAGCCUUAAGGGGUUGUUUGCUAGAAAUAAAUAAAAAUAAGGUGAGUAGAGUAGUUGUGACAACUCGAAGUGGAAAGGUAGCAUCCACAAUGGGAACACUUAGAGAACACAUGUAUCAUCUUCAAGGACUAGAAGAUGAUAAGUGUUGGUCUAUAAUAAAGCAGAGAGCAUUUGGAGGUUCUUCAGUGCCUAAUUUGGAGUUAGAAGUGAUUGGAAGGCAAAUUGCUAAAAAAUGUAGAGGUGUGCCCUUAGUUGCCAAUGUCAUUGGGGCUAGUUUGAGCAAUCGAAGGGAUAUAGGUGAAUGGGAGUUAGUUAACAAUAAUUUUGAUGCAAGGAGUUCACUGGAAGAUGAUAAUAGGACAUGGAUUGUUCGAGUUCUACAACUGAGUUUUGAUCGCUUACCCAACACAACAUUGAAGCAAUGUUUUGCCUUUUUAUCCAUUUUCCCCAAGGAUUUGGAAAUUGAAAAGGAGAUGUUAAUUCAACUUUGGAUGGCUGAAGGCUUUCUUCAGCCAUCACAAGGAAGUUCGAUGGAGGAUAUUGGUAGCAAGUAUUUCAAUGACUUGUUAUCAUAUUCUUUGCUUCUAGUGGAAGAAACAGAUUCAACUGGAAAGAUUAAGUCAUGCAAAAUGCAUGAUUUAAUUCAUGAUCUUGCCACUUCCAAUUCAAAAUCAGAAACACUUAUUUUGAAAGCUGGUUCAGAGAGCAAUAUUGCUCAUGUUCGGCAUUUGAAUCUCGUUGAUGCUGAGGAGAUGGUGCCAGCAAAUUUUGUGGAGGUGGCUGGAAAACUACAUUCAUUAUUUCUUAAAGGUGAUAUUUUGGGCAAGAUGCCAGAUAGGUUCAAAAGGUUACGCAUUCUUAGCUUUGAAAAAGGUAGCCUUUGGAGAAUUAAUAUUGAGCAGUUGCCAACUUGGAUCGGCAAGAUGAAGCAUUUGAGGUAUCUAGACAUUUCAAACACCAACAUUAAAGAACUACCCCAGUUUAUCAUGGAGUUGUAUAGUUUGCAGACACUGAGGUUCAUGUAUUGUUCUUGGAUUGUAAAACAGCCAGAAGGGGUGGAAAACUUAGUCAGCUUGAGACACAUUUAUUUCAGUAAAAAAAGUUGUAUGCCACUCAGAAUUGGUAGGCUAAAGGAUCUUCAAACGUUGCAGUUAUUUGUUGUCGGUCUACAAGAGGGAAGUCGAAUUGAGGAAUUGGGAUGCUUGAGCCAACUUAGAGGUGAAUUAAGGAUAUGUCAUCUAGAGCAUGUUGAAAACUACUCAGAAGCCAAGAAAGCAAAACUUUCGGAAAAGAUUGAACUUUAUGAGUUGAAUCUGGAAUGGACAAAAAGAAAUACAGAAGAAUGUAAUCAUGAUGACGAUGUGUUAGCAGGCCUCAAACCUCCCCCAAAUUUGAGAAACUUAACUAUAGAAUAUUAUGGAGGUAAAAAAUGUCCAUCAUGGAUGGAGCCUAAUUUGAGUGAAUCAUUUUCGCUCAACAAUUUGGUGGACUUGAAAAUCUUCAGAUGUAAAAAGUUGAAAAGCAUUCCAAUCAUGAGCAGGUUAUCAUCUCUUCAACAACUUCAAAUUGAAGAUUGCCUUGAAUUAACCAGAAUCGGAGAUGGAGCAUUUGCCUUUCCGGCGUUCCUCAGACAACUACGCAUCUGGUCAUGUCCAAGAUUGGAAACAAUUGGGGAUAGUAUUUCGACCCUCACAUGCCUAGAAGAGUUAUAUCUAACUGAAUGUGAAGAUCUAAGGCUCAUUCCAAGUGUUAAUGGGCUUUCCUCUCUAAAAGAACUACAGAUUCAAAUAUGCAAUUCAGUGAUGAGUCUACCAAGUGGACUGUCCUCCUGCACUGCACUUAAAGAAUUGACCAUGGUUAGAUGCCGUAAUCUGAUCUCCAUCUCAGAAGACUUGAAGGAUUUGCAUUCUCUGGUUUGGUUAGUUAUUAUCCACUGUGAAAAUUUGAGGAAUAUUCCCGAGGAGAGUUUCAGCUGUCUUGUCUGCUUGGAGGGAUUGCAUAUUGGUGAUUUCUCAAAAGAGUUGGAGGAAUUCCCAAAUCUCAAUUCCAUCCACCACCUCCAUGCCUCCCUUCAAGAAUUAGGGUUGUAUGGGUGGGAAAAACUAACGUAUCUACCACCUCAAAUUCAACACCUCACUUCUCUAAGGACACUAAGAAUAUAUUGUUUCAAUCAAGUGGAAGCUUUGCCGGAGUGGUUGGGAAGCUUGUCGUCUCUUCAAACUCUAGAGAUUAACAUCUGCACAAAUUUGAAAUAUCUACCUUCUGCACAAGCCAUGCAAUGCCUCUCCAAGUUGCAGCAUCUUGAAAUUUUUCAAUGUCCAGAGCUAAAAGGAAGAUGUGCAAAGGAAACCGGCCCUGAAUGGUUCAAAAUUUCUCACAUUCCAAAAAUCCAAAUAAAUUAAGCGCGCAUCCAAAACAAGAAGAGUGAGCCCUUUUCCUGAGUUAUUUGAAUUAAUCAUAUAAGGAAAUAAUCAAAGUAAUAAUGACCAGAUUUCUAGUCAAAAUCUGAAAUAAUUGCCUUCUACUGGAGCCAUGCAAUCCCAAGAGGUACUGACUGAUUAGAAGUUUCUUGCAUUCCAAUAUUUAAGUAGAGCGAGUGCAUCCAAUUCCAAGAAUAUUGAGCUUCUCAGUUAAUGAAGAAUAUUAAGAUUUUACAUUAGUUUUUGGAAUUUAGCAUUUGAUCAUUUACAUUGCAAAAUAUGUUCUUAUAAGACAAUUAAUACCAUUGAGCAUUAGGUGUUCACUGUUCAGUAUCUCAUUCAUUAAGCCACAAGGUCUUUCGGAAGUAGGUUAAGGAGAAUAGCAGAUGCAAAGUAGCUUAUGGACUUUGAUGAAGUUUGGCUUUGAGAAUCAUAAAUAAACAAUCGAUCUGAUUAGUGCUUCUUUGGUUUCAUAUAUCAUGUACUUAGGGGGAGCAAUUUUGUGCUUGAGGUUCAAGAUUUUGUUCUGGAUGGCAGCAUCUUCAAUAAUAGUUUGGCUUUGAGAAUCAUAAAUAAACAAUCGAUCUGAUUAGUGCUUCUUUGGUUUCAUAUAUCAUGUACUUAGGGGGAGCAAUUUUGUGCUUGAGGUUCAAGAUUUUGUUCUGGAUGGCAGCAUCUUCAAUAAUAGACUAUAAACUUCUCUGAUGCAUCAAGGAGCUAACUAGACUUUGCUUUGCUACACUUUGAUUAUGCUAUAGAGACUUACUACAGGUCGAUGGCUGCUACAUUUCAAUCAUCUAUCAUUGUGAUCAUGAUGGCAGUAGAAUUAUAUGGGUUAUGAGUUUUGAUAUAAGAUUUGGUGAAGUUGGGAAGCUUCUAUUGAAGAUACGAUGAAAAAAAAUUCUAGUUGUUU